AUGGAUUAUGUUGUUUCUGCUUUCUAUAGUGAGAAUGAUGCAUUAUCGGCCAUUUCGGAAAAAUCUAAAGGCUUCCAUGUAGCUAUAGUAGAGGUGAGAGCAGGUAACCAAGAUGGAAGGUUUAAAUUUCUUGAAAGGGCGAAAGACUUGCCUACAAUCAUGACUUCAGAUGUGAAUUGCAUCAGUACCAUGAUGAAGUGCAUAGCAUUCCUUGAGAAACCAUUGUCCAAAGAUAAACUCCAAAACAUAUGGCAACAUUUGGCUUACAAGGCGUUCAAUGCAGGACCAAAGGAUGAAAAUGAACAACUGAUUCAUUUGGAAGAAGUAGGUAUAAAGCAAGAAAUCAUUCAAAAUCAAGAACAUAAUGAGGAGGUAUCAGUUGAAAAUGAUAAAUAUCCAGCUCCAUCAACCCCACAGUUGAAGCAAGGAAUAAGGCUAGUUGAUAAUGAAGAUCAAACUAAUCUCUCAACUGAGAAAGAGAGUGUCGAACAUGAUGGUGAGUCCAAAUUUGUCGAAAUUACUUGUGAUGAUCAUUUAUUUGUUGAUAAUAUUAUUAUGGAGACAAACUCCUACAAGAGUUUGGAUGAGGGAAUCAACAAGCCUUCAAAUAAUGAAUGUUGCCCCGAUCCUAAAAAUGAUGGUAAGAAGCAAAACGAAGCAUGCGAGCAUCCUGUUUCACGUUCUAGUAAAUCCGGUCGAAGAAAGAUCAAGGUAAAGAUGAUGAUUGAUAUGGUUUAUUUGAUUAAUCCUGAAAUCACUGUGCCUCAUAGAUAA